CAGCAAGGUAACGAGAAGACGACAAGAGUACGUGUAUAAAAUAAUAAAAAUGGGAAACCGAUAUGAAAGCAGAUUACAGUAGAUUGAUAAUGGCAAAAACCAAAUAAAUAGUAGAUGCACAAGCAGAGAACAAUUUUAAAUUGGGGAAUUUGAAUAAUAAAGAAUAAAUAACAAAAAAGUAAUAUGUGUUCAAAGAGAUUUCAUAGAGAAUGACAAAACUCAAGUAAAUGCAGCGAGUAAUAGGAACGAGAACGAGAGUACUGUACGAAUUAAAACUUUGUGUGGAAUAAAAAAAAAGAAGAAGAACAAGGCGACGACGUGAGCAUAUAUUAAGUAUAUUUAAAGUAUAUAUAAAACAAGUGGGUAGCAAACAAAACAUAAUCAUUUGACUCCUCAAAAAAAGCUAUCUCAAAGACAACGAUUUGUCUUUAUUACCCUUGAAUCGCAUGAAAUUUGAAGCCUUACUUUGACUAAACGAAUACCCGCAGGAAACGAAAAUUAAAUCUGUGUGGAAUUACAAGAACUGUUGUCGCGAGAUAAAGACUCCUACACAACCGAACAAAGUGCCGCUCAAAAAGGUUUCCUAGCUAACUUGCUAACUGCAGUGGCUAGCACCAGACUAUGUCUAACUUUCCGCGACACCAGGAGGUACAAGAGAACACAUAGCCAUGGCUGCGACAAGAAAACUUCAAGGUGAAAUCGAUCGAUGUUUAAAAAAAGUAGCCGAAGGCGUUGAAACUUUUGAAGAUAUUUGGAAAAAAGUUCACAAUGCCACAAACACCAACCAGAAGCAAAAACACCUGCAGGAGAAAUAUGAAGCAGAUCUUAAAAAGGAAAUCAAAAAACUCCAGCGAUUGCGCGACCAAAUUAAAUCCUGGAUUGCAUCGGCUGAAAUUAAGGAUAAAAGCGCAUUGCUCGAGAAUCGAAGGCUUAUUGAAACUCAAAUGGAGCGCUUUAAGGUGGUUGAGCGCGAAACAAAAACAAAGGCCUAUUCGAAGGAAGGUUUGGGUGCGGCGCAAAAAAUGGACCCCGCCCAACGAAUUAAGGAUGAUGCGCGAAAUUGGUUAACCAGCUCUAUUAGUUCACUUCAAAUACAGAUUGACCAGUAUGAGAGCGAAAUCGAAUCGCUAUUGGCAGGGAAAAAGAAGCGCUUAGAUCGAGAUAAACAAGAACGGAUGGAUGAUUUACGAGGAAAGCUGGACCGACAUAAAUUUCAUAUAUCUAAGUUAGAGACCUUGCUUAGGUUGCUUGAUAACGAUGGAGUUGAGGCGGAGCAGGUGAAUAAGAUUAAAGACGAUGUGGAAUAUUAUAUUGACUCGUCGCAAGAACCAGACUUCGAAGAGAAUGAGUUCAUCUACGACGACAUUAUUGGACUUGACGAGGUAGAGCUGAGUGGCACGGCCACAACUGAUAGUAACAACAGCAAUGAGACGAGCGGUUCGCCGAGCAGUGUCACCUCUGGCGGAAGUCCCUCGCAGUCACCAGUCACAGUUCAGCAGGUAUUGCCUUCCUCAAUGCCUGUAGCCCCAAGUAGUGGAGGCAGCAGUUCCGUCAACACAAUUCUGUUUCAACCGCAGCAAGCAGGACCAUCUAACGGCAAUAAUUUGGGUUAUGCAAGUGAUACCAGCGCUGCUUCAUCAUCUGCUACAGAUGCUGCGACCAGUAUGGUUGCUAUUGGUGGUGGUGAUAAGCGUAGUAAAAACACCGAAUCCAAUACGAACAGUAAAUUAAAACAACUUCAACCAAUAAAGCCAAUCCCUGUGCGAGCAGCUGCUAAGGUGCCAACGGGUAUUGAUAGUGAGUAUCAAGUUAAUAAAAUUGUUAGCUCAACACCCAGUAAAAAUAACUCCCAGCCUACAACUGCAGCUGCUAUUGUCGCGCAAAGCAAUAUCAGCGCAAGUGCAGCUGGAAUCUCUAGUUCCACCACUGGAAAUGGACCUCCAACAACAGCUAGUUCUACAGUUCAACCUCACGCUCCUGCGCCUGGCUUGCCCAUUACCAGCUCCACAACUUCCUCUAAUGCCGCGACAUCUUGUUUAACCAACAGUAGUGUACAAGGCUCGACUGUGAUCCCAGCAGCGCCAACCAUUGCUUUUGCUGCGGUAGCAAAAAACAAUACAUCACUAUUGGAAAAUUCUCCUGCAUUGCAACAACCGCAGCCACAAACUUUAGUUCCUACGGUGGCUGCCAUCGUUGGAGCCGGACCCCAGACUCUGCAACACCAGCAGCAGCCACAGGCGUCACAGUUAUCCAAUCUUCAAACAAAUUCCUCUCUCAUACAAAACGGUCUACCAGUCUCAGACAGUAAUAGUGACAACAAUAAUAGUAUUGUCGAUGCUAUAUCGCUUAAAAGCAUGGCACAGGAAGCUAUUAAUCGAACAGCGAUCGAUACGACUUCCUUAAUUCAACAACAAACUAACAACAUGGAUCCAAGACAGUCUCAAUCACAGCAGCCGUCUUCGCAACAAUCUCUCUUGCAACAGCAUUUUAACACGGAAAAUACUGCCAAUCAGCUACAGCAACACCAAGUGCCACCACAGUUGCAGGACGUGUCUGCAUCAGGGACUCUGAUAGGCUCGGUAGUAGCUGUGACUCACGGUGCAGCAGCCAGCAAUGGUCCCACUACCGAAAGUGGACUUAUAAAUGUGACGAACGCUACUGGUCAGCCAACAAGCAUCAAUACGAAGCCGCAUACACACCAGCAGCAGUUGGCCACGACCGAGGCACACAUUCCUACUUUGUUGGGGGUCACCCCAUUGGGUCCAACGCCUCUUCAGAAGGAACAUCAAGUACAAUUUCAAAUGAUGGAGGCAGCUUAUUUUCAUCUGCCACACCCCAUGGAUACGGAGAAGUUACAAACGUACUUUCAUCGUGCGCCAGUACCGACGCCAGCACAUUACCCACAGGCACAGCUGCCCAUAUACGAUACCGUUGAAUUUUAUCAACGGCUCUCAACGGAGACUCUAUUUUUUGUCUUUUACUACAUGGAGGGCUCCAAGGCCCAGUAUCUGGCGGCCAAGGCUUUAAAGAAGCAGAGCUGGCGCUUCCACACAAAGUAUAUGAUGUGGUUUCAACGACACGAGGAACCAAAAAUUAUUAAUGAUGAUUACGAACAGGGUACGUACAUCUACUUUGACUACGAAAAGUGGAGUCAGCGCAAAAAGGAAGGAUUCACUUUUGAAUACAAGUACUUAGAAGACAAAGAGCUGAAUUGAAUAUGUUGCGAUGUGUGUUGCUUCGUCUGUGUAUAAAAAACCCAAUCCAUUGAAAAAUAAAAUAAUUCUACAAUUUUCAUACAAAA